AUGUCGGAAGAAAUUCUAUCAUCACCAACGAGAACAAAACUUCCUUUACAAGGCGUUGUCAUUUUUGUUAGUCAACAAUUAGUGACUAAUAGAUUGGCUUUACAUCAGCAAUGUACAGCACUUGGUGGAAAAUUUGUUUGGGUAUUCGAUGUACCUUUUACUCAUUAUAUUUGUCAAGGAAAAUUGAGUAAAAGAGGAAAAGAAUAUAAAAAAGCUGAAGAAUAUAGAGCACUAUGUGUACAUCCAGCAUGGCUUAAAGCUUGUCAAAAGUUUGGACAACGUGUAGCUGAAAAAUUAUAUGCUACUACGUAUGAUCCGAAUAGAUCUUUGACCUUUAUUUCUGUCGGUGAUGAUGAUGAUAAUGAAGACGAAGAAAAUCAUAUGCCCUCAUUAACAACAAUGAAAUCUACUUCUUCUUUAAAACUUAUUCAAACUUCUCGUAUUGUGCCAAUUAUCAACAAGAAGCACAAAUAUCAUAUUACUACACAUGCUCCUACUAUUGAAAUGUCAUCACCAAAAGUCAUUCCAUCUAUUCCGAAACAAUCAUCACAAGUUUCUACUGAAGCUGAAACAAUGCUCAAUGAUCUUCAGUCAUCUUUAGCACAAUUUCUUAAUAAUAAUAAUAAUAAUAGUAACAGUAAUGCAUCCAUAUCUCGUCCAUCAAUAACUGAUGAUGAACAAAAUAAAAAAUCACUUAAAAUAAUUCGAUCAAUAAGUAAUAUUAAUAAUAAUAAUAAUAAUAAUAAUAACAAUGGUACAGGUAUCGAACCAUCGAUGCGUGUCGAAUGGCUCGAUGAUGCAAUGCAAGCUGAACGCAAGAAAAUGGUAGAUGAAGAUGAACAUGGUGUUAGUAGUCAACAACAAUUGUUAUGCGGAGAAUCAAAAAUUGGACUCAAACGGCCACUAGUCGACUCUAAUUUCGAUCAAUCUUUUAAUGCAAAAAAAUGUCGGACAUAA